AUGAAGUUCUCUCAGUCAACGUGCUAUUCGGUCGCCAGCAUCUUUGCUUGCACUUGCGUGCAGGCGGCAAGUGGACUUACCGGCCUCAGCACGCCGAAGAUUGAUACUCAUUCGCACGUCUACCCAGAUUGGUAUCGACAAGCAGUCAUUGAUGCUGGUUGGGUUCCAGGUCCAGACGGAAAUGCCGCUCCACCUUUUUGGAACGUAUCUUAUCACCUUGACUUUAUGGCGGCAAACAACAUCGAGAAAAGCUACGUGAGCUGCUCCAGUCCAGGAACAAAUCUCUACCCGAACGACACAGCCACCAACAUUCACAUCACGCGGGAGUUCAACAACUACACAUCGGACCUCAAGCAGAAGUAUCCCAACAAAUUCGGGUUCUUCGCUUCCCUACCACUCCCUGAUAUCAACGCAGCACUCCUCGAAAUCGACCGGGCACUGGACGAACUAGAUGCCGACGGUUUUGUCUUCCUAUCAAACCACUGGGGACUGUACCACGGCGAUCCAAAACUGGCCCCAGUAUACAAGAAGCUCAACGACCGGAAAGCAGUGAUAUUCAUCCACCCAACCAAUCCAUGCCCGAAGGACGCUCCGGCAAACAUUACCGGCACACCUCGCCUCAACUACGUCGCGCCACUGAUGUGGGCAUAUCAAGCGCCUGUGCUAGAAUUCUUCUUCGACGCCGCGCGCACCGUCUCCGAUCUAAUCCUGACCGGCACGGUGCAGAAGUACGCCAACGUCAGAUGGAUCAUCCCACACUGCGGCGGCGUGCUGCCCGCGGUCUUCGAGCGAUUCCUACGCACGUCAUCUCUACUGGGCGCGAAGGUUGGCACUGACCGGCCUGCUGUCCCCUACACGCUCGCGAACGCCACAGCUCUGCUGCAGAAGCAAUUCUGGUUCGAUCUUGCGGGCUUCAGCAUGUCGAGUCAGAUCUGGAGUAUGAGUCGAUUGUUCGGCCCGAACAAGUUUCUCUACGGUAGCGAUUUUGCAUUCACAGCACCGGUGGGUGCGAUUGCCUUGACAGGCGACAUGAACACUACAUUGCCACAGAUAUAUAAUCAGACGGAGAUUGGCUGGAUCUUCAAAGAGAAUGCUGUUGGCUUACUGGGCAAAUAG